AUGGAGGAGCUGGCGCGUCUACGCAACGCGCUGGGAGCGAGCGACAAGCAGACGCAGCGCUUCCUGCAACCGCUGUUGCCUCUGCGCGGCGUGCAGGAGCUGCUGCUGACGUUCGUGCGGGACACGUCGCGCUCGUUCGAGGACUGGGUCUGGGACCCGCAGGUGCGCCAAACCCUGCUGCGCAUGCGCGACGCCGAACCGCAGAUGCACGCGCAGGGCGAGAGCCUGGACCAGUGGUACGCGCGCGCGGUGGAGGAGAAGAUGAGCGCCAUGGCACUGCAGAAUCCCGACGACGACACGCCGCCCGAGUUCCUGCAGGAGGCAGACGCCGCACAGAGCGACGGCAAGCAGAAGUUCAAGGAGAAGAACUAUUACGCAGCGAGAAACGCCUUCCAAAAGAGUAUUGAGGCUGUGCUCAAGCAUCAGCAGAGCGAGUACUAUGGCAACACCGUCCCUCCGGCCGAGUGGGACGAUCUGGACAUGCAGGAGCGAUACGUCACGCUGUGCAACAAUGUAGCCAUCUGCGGCAUCAAGAUGAAAGACUUGUCAUUGAUAAAUGAGUAUGCGGGCAAGGCGCUGGCCGUGGACCAGUCUUCCAGUAAGGCGCUGUACGCGAUGGCCAAGCUGAGGCUGAUGGAGCAUAGAUUCGUGGAGGCGCAAGAGGUUCUCGACACGGCAUUGAAGUUCCACCCAGACAAGUCGCAGUAUUUUAACUUGCGCAAAGAGAUCGAGGCGGUGGAGAGGAAGCAAGCGUUGGAGCAGGCAGAACUGUCGGAGAUCAGAGCGAAGCAGGUGCAAGCAGCGAUUGCGGCUGGAGCAAAGAAUCCUGCCGCGCCGCUUGAGAUGACGACGGAAGAGCGCGAAGAGCAGUACAAGCAGGAGAUGCAACAGAGAGUGGAUACGACUCCGCUGCCGACGAGAGAGGAUGAUACCUUCGCUGCUGCGAGACUGAACGUCUACUUCAUGAAAAUCAAGCAGAGGAUGAUGGUGGAUAUCCAACCUCGUUACAACGCCGAUAAGGGAGAAGAACCGCUUUUCGAGUGCACCAUUGUGAACGGUACCACGGGCGAAGUACUCGCUGCUGGAGUUCAUGGUGUCUCGAAGAAAGUUGUCAAGAAUGAGGCGUGCAAGAUUGCAAUCGAGAAACUGUGGCAGGACAAGCAAGCGGCUGGCAAGCUGGUCCCAGAGGACUUGACAUAUCUAGAGAGGUUCGAGCCGAUGCCACAGAAGGCACCUAACAGCUCAUCUCAGUUGCCGACACGGCUUAGUUGGCUGGAGCGACAACUUCAACCUUUACCUCUGCUAAACCAGCUUACUCAGCGCGGAACACUGCAAGCACGCUUCGACAUUGAAGAUGUGUCGCCCAAUAAGGAGGUCACCGAGUUCAAGUGCACGGGCUUCCUGAACGGCGAGCAAGUUGCUGUUGCCAACGUCAUCAGCAAGAAGAAAGCUCGUGUUGAAGUUGCCAAGCAAGUGCUAGCUGCCGCGUUUGAGAAGAACCUGCUGAUCGUUUACGACCGACCUGCGAACGACGAAAUCGAAGACGGAGCCAAGCGCCAAGAAGAGAGCGAGCAGACGCCCGCGCACGGAGGAUGA